UCCAGUCCCCACUGCGCGGGCUUUUUAUGCUUCCGCGUUUGCGGUUUCUCAGUUACUUCUACCUAGGAACGGUGGCCCUUCCCAGAGUCCCGAAAUGCCGUAGAGUUAAAAGAUCACUGAAACUGGAUGAUCAGCUUGAAGAAAAUUCAUUUAGUCCUUCAAAAACCAGAAGGAAGAAAAGUAUUACAGCUUAUUCUCCAACAACUGGAACUUAUCAAAUGAGCCCAUUUUCUUCUCCCUCAACCCCCAAAGAACAUGAGCGCGGCAAAGGACCAUCAAAUGGAAAGGAAAAACUGAAUAACCUCAGCUCACCUACAAGCAAGGAGUCCACAGCAAAAGACAGUGAUGAAUUCAUGGUGUUGCUAUCUAAAAUUGAGAGAUCAUCAGAAAAAACCAUGGAGAUCAUGAAAAAAUUAAGUAGUAUACAGGCUUUGGAGCACAACAGACAACUUGAAGAUCUCAUUGGCAUUUCCCUAGUACCAUGUUACUUAAAAAGAGAAGUGGAGAAAACCAGAGAACUAAUGACAAAAGUCACAAAGCAAAAACUGUUUGAGAAGAAGAGCUCACGAAUCCCUCCCAGAGUGUCACCUUCACAUCUGACAACUGUGUCGAUCUACAUGGGUACUAGUCACCCGUAAGAAUGCAGACCAGACCGAAAUGAAGAGUCAGUGAACGGAGACUGUUGUUUACAACCCUUCUUCUAAGACAGGAAAUGGAGUACUUGUGGAUUUUUCUAAAUAGGGAUAAUAAACGAGUCCACUGUG